GUGCCCUGUCUCACACUCCUCACCCCUCUGUCCCUCUCUUUCAGCCUAUAUCUUCUCUCCAUCUCUCUCCCCUCCCCUCUCUCCCUUUCCCUUAGCCCUCUCCUGUCUCGCUCUGUCCCUCUCUGUCAGUCUAUUUCCAGUGCUAGCUGAGUCAGGCGAAUAGCUCCCAGCUUGGAAUGACACAAAUAGGAAGAGGGACUCCAAUCCUCUAAGAGGGUCAGAUACCAACUGAAAAAUAACAAGAAACUUUAGAAAACAUCAGGAACUACGGAAAAAUACUGAAACCUGCUAAAGGAACCUGCUAUAAACUACAAAAAUGGACUCUGAUAUGGCGUUGACGGAAUUACAGGAGCAUGAGUUGCCAGAGGCCGUCGUUCAGGAGGAUGAAGACGACGUGGAGGAACUCAGGAACAGUCUGCGGGAGGUGGUCCAGGACCAGUCUGUGAAGCCCAAGCUGCAGUGUCUGAUGGUGGACCCGUCCUUCUCCAUGGUGACUGUUCAGAGUGAGGACAGCGGCAUCGUCUGGGAAACGGCCUCCAGCCGAUGCUCCACCCCCUGGGCGUCGGAGGCCAGCUACAGCUCUGACACCUACAGUUUGGACGGCUCUGCUACCGGUGGUGGAGGUGCACAGGGCAAAAUUACCAUUGUCUUCGAUGAGGACAAGAUAGUUCGGAGGAGGAAGAGGAUGAGAGGAAAGGCCAGGCUGGGUGAGAGGCUAAGGAGACCCGGGAGCUCCAGGUCUGGCUCGACACUGGGGGUGGAGAGGCCUGAGAUGGCUGAGGUGUCUGUGCCAAACAUCCGAGUGGAGAGUGUAGAGUCAGACACAGAGUCAGGGGAAGUGAAAGACAAAGAGCAGGAGCUGUUUAGUCUGAUUUCAGAGGGUUAUGAGAUCCUCAACAUCAAAGUCCCGUCCAAACUGCCCACAGUCGACGAGGAGGAGAGCACUGAGCUGCAGGAUAAUCUGUCCUACUUGGAGGAGACACCCAGGAUCAGGUCCAAAUCCAGGCGGGGCUCUGAGGCCUUACCUGCCCAGGACUACCCAGAAGUGAAGGAGGUACAGGAGGGAACAGAAGGAGAAGAAGUAGGAGAGUCUAAGCCCUCAGAACCCACAGAGCAACAGGGGCCUCACAGCCACAAGGACGGCACCAGCAACAUGGACUACUUUGAGGCAUUUACCCUCCUGGAUGAGGUGGUUCCUGGGCAGCAGGUUCCAGAGCCAGUGGGAGACGAGACACCCACGAAGCCCCAACGAGAGGAGACUAAUCUGGGGCAGAUGACAGCCACAGACAGCCUCUCUGCAGCUCCGGACGAUGACUUUGUGUUUGUCACAGACAUGGAGAUUGCCAGCGAGCGUUUGGAUGAGGUGUUCUACGGGAACAAACACCACGCACCCCUAGAGGACCUGAUGAAAAGGGGAGAAGAGGAUGAAGAGGAGGGAGGGAAGGAAGGAAGAAGGGAGAGUCUGAGGUCUCUGAAGGAAAGUGGGUCAGCACUGUUCGGCAGAGAGGAGAGCAUCCUCACCCCUAUCUUCCUCUCCCCGGGACCCCCUAAGAUCAUUGAUCCCAUCCUGCUAGAGGAACCCACAGCCAUGUCCUUCCUCUACUCCGACCUGUACGAGGACGCCAUGGGGGAGAGGAGGAGGAGCGACGAGGAAGGCUCAGAGGCAGAGAGCGUGGGGUCGGACAGAUCGUUCCAGAGGCGACUGUCUGAUUCAGAGGAAACAGACGGAUACCUGGAGAAGUUUAUCCUGAAAGACGAGACUCCCAAUGUAGAGGACCAAUCAGAAGAAGUGGAUGGUAAAGGGGAGGGGCUAAUGAUGUGGUCGCAGAGUAAGUUUGAGCUGACCGGAUUCCUAACGAGAGUGGUGGAAGAAGAAGAAGAGGAGAAGGGGGAGUGUAAGAAGGAGGAGAUCAAAGCUGCAGAGAUGAAUGGGUACCUGCAACCAGCAGGAUAUAAAGAGAUGGAGGAAUCAACAGAGAAAUCUUUGCUGCACAUCAAGGAAACUGGUCCAGAUAAAGACUCUGAGUCUGUAAAUACAGACAGCAAAGUGUCUCAAGUUGAGAAGGACCAUCUAGUCCCAGGAAAGAAACCUGAGAAGGUUGAUGUGGUAGAGGAAGCUAAAAGUGAGACAACACCUGAGGCACAUGAGUCAGAGGUUGACAGCCAGGAGGAGGUAGUGUCAGAUAAAGUAUCCCAUGAAACAGAGUUACUAGCUCAGGCAGAGGAGGUGAAAAAAGAAGACGAAGUAGAAGUGUCUAGAGUGGCAAAACCAGUUGUUAUUCAGGAGCCUGUACAGGUGAACCAGGUGUCAACUGAAAGUAAAACAGAGACUGUAGUUAAAGCAUCUGAACCUGUAAGAGCAGAGGAUGCUAUUAAAGAUCCAACUGAGGCCAUAGCAGGAGCACUGGAGCUACACAGGGUCUCUCAAAAGGCAGUUACUGAUUUAUCAGUAGCUGUUGUGAAUGUAUCAGAUGAUACUAAAAUGGCAUCUGAAAUUGCAGCUGAAGCAGUCAAUAGAAUGGAAAUGCUAGCUGAAGCACACAAAGUUGAAAAAGUAGAGAAUAGAUCUGAGGAGCCUGUGAGUGUAGCGGAGGAGUCCUUCACACACAAUCCUGAAGCCGAAGUAGUUCCAACUGCCCCUCCUGCAGAAGCUGCGGAGCGAUGGGCGUCACUUCUUGCCCCUGCUGAGGGAGAUAAGGGACAGGAGAAAGAGCCAAUGAAGAAGCAGGACUUGGAAGGUGAGGACGAGUGGGUGUUCACUCCCCUCAGGAGCUUUGCUCCACAGGAAGACCUCUCUGAGCUGCACAGAGAAACUGUAGUUUCAGAUAUGGAGCUGCACAGGGAGACUGCAGAAGAGCUGGAGUAUGAGAUAAUCUCGCAGCAGGAGGCAAGAGGGAUGAUGGUGUCUGAGACAGAGAGAAAACAGCUCUGCCCAGGCCCUAACUCUAAUCUAGAGAGAGAGAGGGAGCUGGAGAAAGAAAAGGAGAGAGAGAUGGAGUUGGAGAGGGAGAGAAAGAAGCAGAGGCUCAAGGAGGAGGAGAGACAUGAGAGGGAGGAGAGGGAGAGACAGAUGGGGUUGGAGAGGGAAAGAGAAAGGGAGAGGCUAAGGCUGAAGGAGGCAAAGGAGAGACAGGAGAACGAGAACAAGGAGAUGAAGGAAAAGGAGAGACAGGAGAGGGAGAGACAUACACAAUUGGAAAGGGAAAGAGAUAGGGAGAGGCAGGGGCUGAAGGAGGAGAAGGAGAGACAGGAGAGGGAGAAACAGGAGAGGGAGAUACAGGUGGAAAAUGAAAGAGAAAAGGAGAGGCUGAAGGAAGAGAAGGAGAAGGAGGAGAAGGAGAGACAUGAGAGUAAAAGACAGAUGGAGAGGGAGAGAGAAAAGGAGAGGCAGAGGCUGAAAGAAGAGAAGGAGAGACAGGUGAGGGAGAGAACAAUAGAAUUGGAGAGGGAGAGAGAAAGGGAGAGGCUGAAGAAGGAGAAGGAGAGACAGGAGAGGGAUAGACAUAUAGAGUUGGAGAGGAAGAGAGAAAGGGAGAGGCAGAGGCUGAAGGAGGAGAGCGAGGAGAAGGAGAGACAGGAGAGGGAAAGAGAAAGGGAGAGGCAGAGGCUGAAGGAAGAGAAGGAGAGGGAGAGACAGAUGGAGAAGGAGAGAGAAAGGGACAGGCAGAGGCUGAAGGAAGAGAAAGAGAGACAGGAGAAGGAGAAGGAGAGACAGUUAGAAUUGGAGAGGGAGAGAGAAAAUGAGAGGCAGAGGCUGAAGGAGAGAGAGGAGAAGGAGAGACAGGAGAGGGAGAGACAGAUGGAGUUUGAGAGGGAAAGACAAAAGGAGAGGCAGAGGCUGAAGGAGAGGGAGGAGAAGGAGAGACAGGAGAGGGAAAGGCAGAUGGAGUUGGAGAGGGAGAGAGAAAAGGAGAGGCAGAGGCUGAAGGAGGAGAAGGAGAGACAGGAGAGGGAGAGAGAAAAGGAGAGGCAAAGGCUGAAGGAGGAGAGACAGGAGAGGGAAAGGCAGAUGGAGUUGGAGAGGGAGAGAGAAAAGGAGAGGCAGAGGCUGAAGGAGGAGAAGGAGAGACAGGAGAGGGAGAGAGAAAAGGAGAGGCAAAGGCUGAAGGAGAGGGAGGAGAAGGAGAGACAGGAGAGGGAAAGGCAGAUGGAGUUGGAGAGGGAGAGAGAAAAGGAGAGGCAGAGGCUGAAGGAGGAGAAGGAGAGACAGGAGAGGGAGAGAGAAAAGGAGAGGCAAAGGCUGAAGGAGGAGAGACAGGAGAGGGAAAGGCAGAUGGAGUUGGAGAGGGAGAGAGAAAAGGAGAGGCAGAGGCUGAAGGAGGAGAAGGAGAGACAGGAGAGGGAGAGAGAAAAGGAGAGGCAAAGGCUGAAGGAGGAGAGACAGGAGAGGGAGAGAGAAAAGGAGAGGCAAAGGCUGAAGGAGGAGAGACAGGAGAGGGACAGGCAGAUGGAGUUGGAGAGGGAGAGAGAAAAGGACAGGCAGAGGCUGAAGGAAGAGAAAGAGAGACAGGAGAAGGAGAGACAGAUAGAAUUGGUGCGGGAGAGAGAAAAUGAGAGGCAGAGGCUGAAGGAGAAGAAGGAGAAGGAGCGACGGGAGAGGGAAAGACAGAUGGAGUUGGAGAGGGAGAGAGAAAGGGACAGGCAGAGGCUGAAGGAAGAGAAAGAGAGACAGGAGAAGGAGAGACAGAUAGAAUUGGUGCGGGAGAGAGAAAAUGAGAGGCAGAGGCUGAAGGAGAAGAAGGAGAAGGAGCGACGGGAGAGGGAAAGACAGAUGGAGUUGGAGAGGGAGAGAGAAAGGGACAGGCAGAGGCUGAAGGAGAGGGAGGAGAAGGAGAGACAGGAGAGGGAAAGGCAGAUGGAGUUGGAGAGGGAGAGAGAAAGGGAGAUGCAUAAGCUGAAGGAGGAGAGUGAGGAGAAGGAGAGACAGGUGGAGAGGGAGAGAGAAAAGGAGAUGCAGAGGCUGAAGGAGGAGAAAGAGAGACAGGAGAAGGAGAGGCAGAUAGAAUUGGAGCGGGAGAGAGAAAAUGAGAGGCAGAGGCUGAAGGAGAAGGAGGAGAAGGAGCGACAGGAGAGGGAAAGACAGAUGGAGUUGGAGAGAGAAAGGGAGAUGCUUAAGCUGAAGGAGGAGAGUGAGGAGAAGGAGAGACAGGUGGAGAGGGAGAGAGAAAGGGAAAGGCAGAGGCUGAAGGAGGAGAGCGAGGAGAAGGAGAGACAGAUAGAAAAGGACAGGCAGAGGCUGAAGGAAGAGAAAGAGAGACAGGAGAAGGAGAAGGAGAGACAGAUAGAAUUGGAGAGGGAGAGAGAAAAUGAGAGGCAGAGGCUGAAGGAGAGGGAGGAGAAGGAGAGACAGGAAAGGGAAAGACAGAUGGAGAGGGAGAGAGAAAAGGAGAUGCAGAGGCUGAAGGAGGAGAGCGAGGAGAAGGAGAGACAGAUGGAGAAGGAGAGAGAAAAGGAAAGGCAGAGGCUGAAGGAAGAGAAAGAGAGACAGGAGGAGAGGCAGGAGAGGGAGAGACAGAUGGAUUUGGAGCGGGAAAGAGAAAAUGAGAGGCAGAGGCUGAAGGAGAGAGAGGAGAAGGAGAGAGAAAGGGAAAGGCAGAGGCUGGAGGAGGAGAGUGAGGAGAAGGAGAGACAGGAGAGGGAGAGACAGAUGGAGAGGGAGAGAGAAAAGGACAGGCAGAGGCUGAAGGAAGAGAAAGAGAGACACGAGAGGGAGAUACAGAUAGAAUUGGAGAGGGAGAGAGAAAUUGAGAGGCAGAGGCUGAAGGAGAGAGAGGAGAAGGAGAGACAGGAGAGGGAAAGACAGAUGGAGUUAGAGAGGGAGAGAGAAAAUGAAAGGGAGAGGCAGAGGCUGAAGGAGAGAGAGGAGAAGGAGAGAGAAAGGGAAAGGCAGAGGCUGAAGGAGGAGAGUGAGGAGAAGGAGAGACAGGAGAGGGAGAGACGGGAGAGGGAGAGACAGAUGGAGAGGGAGAGAGAAAAGGACAGGCAGAGGCUGAAGGAAGAGAAAGAGAGACAGGAGAGGGAGAUACAGAUAGAAUUGGAGAGGGAGAGAGAAAUUGAGAGGCAGAGGCUGAAGGAGAGAGAGGAGAAGGAGAGGCAGGAGAGGGAAAGACAGAUGGAGUUAGAGAGGGAGAGAGAAAAGGAGAGGCAGAGGCUGAAGGAGGAGAAGGAGAGACAGGAGAGGGAGAGAGAAAAGGAGAGGCAAAGGCUGAAGGUGGAGAGACAGGAGAGGGAAAGACAGAUGGAGUUGGAGAGGGAGAGAGAAAAGGAGAGGCAGAGGCUGAAGGAGGAGAGCGAGGAGAAGGAGAGACAGGAGAGGGAGAGACAGAUGGAGCGGGAGAGAGAAAAGGACAGGCAGAGGCUGAAGGAAGAGAAAGAGAGACAGGAGAAGGAGAGACAGAUGGAGUUGGAGCGGGAAAGAGAAAAUGAGAGGCAGAGGCUGAAGGAGAGGGAGGAGAAGGAGAGACAGGAGAGGGAAAGACAGAUGGAGUUAGAGAGGGAGAGAGAAAGGGAGAUGCAUAGGCUGAAGGAGGAGAGAGAGGAGAAGGAGAGACAGGUGGAGAGGGAGAGAGAAAAGGACAGGCAGAGGCUGAAGGAAGAGAAAGAGAGACAGGAGAGGGAGAGACAGAUGGAAAGGGAGCGAGAAAAGGACAGGCAGAGACUGAAGGAAGAGAAAGAGAGACAGGAGAGGGCAGAGAAGGAGAGACAUGAGAGGGAGGAAAAUGAGAGGGAGAGAGAGUUGUUGCGGGAGGAGGAGAGACAGGAGAUGGAGGAGAGGGAGCAGAAGAAGAGACAGGAGAGAGAGCGGGAGAGAGAAAGAGACAAUCAGAGGCUGAAGGAGAAGGAGCAACAGGAGAGGAAGAGUGAGAUGGAGUUGGUAUUGGGGGGAGAAAAGCAGAAGGAAAAGGUGAGAGAAAACCUGUUGAUGGAUAUGGAGAGGCAGAAGGAGCGAGAGAUGGAGGAGAGGGUAAGAGAAGAGAGAGGGCUGGAUCUCCCCGCUUACGAGGAGCCCAUUGAGGCUGAUUAUGAGAUAUUCGAUGCGGAGGAGGAGAGCCAGGCCAGAGCAGCUGCUGCCCUACAGGGGAUGGAUUGCUUCUGUCUGAGCUGUGGUUGUCUGCUCUCUGAGACUGACAGACUGUCUGGAGGACACCAGGAUCAUGAGGUCACCAGCGUGGAGACAGCCUACAAAGAUAUCAGGGAGAGGCUGAGUGAGUGGAUCUCAGAACUGCAGGAGAGAUCAGAGAACAUUGAGGAUCUGGUGUCAGAACUAGAGCUGGGAUACAACACUGUAGAGGACCAUUGCAGGGACAGUGAGGAGGUAAUGGAGGCUCAGAAUGAGGAGAUGAUGGCUCUGGUGAUGGAGCAGUACAACAGCAUGUCUCUGAGCAUGGAGGAGGAAAAGAAGGCAAAGCUGGAGCAGCUUUACGACCAGAUCGUCUCCUUCCAGGAGAGUAUAGACCAGACCAAGGUCACACUGGACACCACCGCUAGAGAGGCAGAUAUAGACCCAGACACACAGACAUCCAAAGACAUCUAUAUGAGGUUAACAGAAGCACUACAGUCAGCCAUGUCUCUGGAGCUGGGUCCUCGGGGACUACUAGUGUUUGAAGACUACGCCAAGGGCAAUGCAGCAAAUACACACACACGACGCAAGGGAAUCCCAGUUCCUCAGAAGCCGUCUCUGCAGCCUCAGGAGUGUGCUUCAGCCAGCAGCACCAGUGUGACUGUUUACUGGAGGGUCAACCCUGGAGACAUCAUAGACUGCUUCCAGGUCUACUGUAUGGAAGACCCACAAGGAGCGGUGUCGGAUGAGUACCGUGUGACAGUGAAGGAGAGUUACUGUGUUCUAGAGGAGCUGGAGCCUGACAAGGUGUAUAAAGUGUGGGUGAUGGCUGUCAACUAUACCGGCUGCUCUCUGCCCAGUGAGAGACUACCCUUCAGAACUGCCCCAUCGGUGCCAGUGAUUGAUACGGGGCGGUGUACGAUACUGUGGGACUCGGCCACGUUACGUUGGAAUGUGGACAACCAAACACCCAUGCAGAGUUACACCCUGGAGUACUGCAGACAGUACGCCCUUGAGGGAGAAGGGCUUAGGUCUAUCUCAGGUAUCCAGGGCAGACAACAGAGGGUACUACUGCAUCCCAAUGAGAACUACCUGUUCUACAUCAAAGCUGUCAACAAGGCUGGAGCCAGCGAACAGAGCGAAGCUGCUCUAAUAUCUACCAGGGGAACUAGGUUCCACCUGUUGAAGGCUUCGGCUCACCCUGUCCUGAAACUGUCUGAGGACCAGACCACCCUGUACUACCCCCAGGACACAUACACAGAGAGAGGGGAUGUCGAUAACGAAUGUCCAUCUGUCCUGGGUGAGUUGUUACCCAUGAGGGGGCAUCACUACUGGGAGACCAAUGUGACCAGAAGUUCUGCAUACCGGGUGGGAGUGGCAUAUGAGACAGCCAAUAGGGACAGUCUACUGGGGGAGAACAACACUUCCUGGUGUCUGCAUUGUGUCCCUACACCCUACAGUUGUCGGUUUGAGCUGCUCCACGGCAGUGUUCAGUCAGAUGUGUUUGUGGGGGAGGUGCCCUCUCAUAUUGGCACACUGCUAGACUACAAGCAAGGCCGCCUGUCCUUCUAUAACACCCAGCGCGGCCAGCUGCUCGGGACCCUCGCCCACUGCUUCACCCAGCCAUGCCACCCUGUCCUGGGCAUGGAGCAGCCAGGCAGCCUGAAAGUCAGCAUGGCCCUGGAGGUGGCCGACUUCGCCAAGCAUAGCUAGCCAAGCACCAGAACUUCCCUAUGCAAGAUAUGUGAUCAUAAGUACCCAUGGAUUUAAUAGAAAUCAAAUGUUAUAAAGCUAGAACAGUGAUAGCUACACUUUUAAUGGAAUAAAUAGCCAAUCUCUCUGGACUCUCCCCGAUGAGGGUGGUGGCUACAGCUGUAUCAGGACAUUCACUGACUCAGUAAUGAAAGAGACAGGAGUGAGAGGAAGAACUGUAGUUGCUUCAGUAGUAUAGAUUUGAAAGAAAGUGCAAAUCUUGAAGGUAAUAGGAAAAAUAUUUUAUAAAUAGGAAAAACAAUCAGAGCAAUAGUCUAUAUCUAUCGCUCAAUUAUUGCUGUUUUAUUUCUCUUGUGAAUUUGACUGAGUGUGUUCUUGUUGAGGUGAAAUGUUUAAUCUCUGAGAUUAGUAUUAAUUCAUCUUUUGGCUAUAUUUUUUAACAUGUUUUGUCAAGUGUGCUUUAAUUUCUCCAGUAUCUCCUUCUCUCAGCAAUCUUACUCAUUUCUCCUAGAGCCUUUAGUAGGUACAGUAGGCACACAGCCGAGAUGCACAUUAAACUGUAUGUAACUACCAGGGUAUUGAACCCAGGUAGUCUGUGUGACUCAAUACUGUGUUAGCCCACUGAGCUACUUGCAAGGCAAGUUCAUUACUUGGAGAUUGUGUGGAUGAAGAUACUAGUAACUAUUUUGUUUCAUGUUGUGAAUACUGGUGUAUAAAUAACCUUGUAAACAGAUAUGUUGAAUCUCUUCUGUGUGUUUGUUUGGAAUCAUUUCUGAAUGAUGAUGAAUUAAAGUUUUUUCUCUUUGUUGAA